CUCGUAUAUCUCUAAUUUUCUACUUUUCUGUAUAUAGGUGCACGUGCCACCAAUAUGCAUGAUUGAUGGAGUGCAUGCUAAACAUUUCACUGGAGCUGGUGUGGUAAUACAUCAUUCUGACUCUCUUGGUCUGAUUGCUGUUGAUAGGAAUACAGUUGCUAUAUCUAUCUCUGAUAUAAUGGUUUCUUUUGCUGCAUAUCCCAUUGAAAUACCUGGACAGAACCUGCCUUGCGCCGAGGAGAUUCUGUGUACCUAGUUCGUCUAAUUGAUAGUUUACAUGCUAAAUCAAGGAAAUCAAUCGUAACCAAUUGGCAAGCUAUUAAUAUUUGCUCAAGUGACUUCCCACGGUAUCAUGCAAUGAAUACGGAGGUCAUUGAGCUCGAUACUGAUUCUGAUAUCGAACUUUCGGGUGUAUUGACCGACGAGCAAGGGAGAGUUCAAGCACUAUGGGCAAGUAUUUCCAGCCAGCUCUUCGGUUGUGGCAAAGAAGGGGACCAUCAGUUUGUUGUAGGUAUACCAAUACACCUGAUAAGUCAAGUCCUUGAGAAGAUAAUCUCUGGUGCUCCUGGACCAUUUCGUCUUAUCAAUGGAAUUAGGAGACCAAUGCCAUUUGUCAGACUUCUGGAGGUGGAGAUUUAUCCAACUUUGCUAACAGAGGCAAGUAAUUAUGGAUUGAGCGAUAGAUGGGUGCAGGCUCUAGCUGAGAAGGACCCUGAGCGAAGACAAGUAUUGCAAAUUAUAGGUUGCUUUGCUGGAUCAAAAGCGGAAACUCUUUGUGAAGGGGAUAUGAUUCUUGCUAUCGAUAAGAAGCCUAUUACAUGCUUCCUUGACAUUGAGAAUGCUUGCCAAAAGCUGGACCAUUCGGUUGGUUCAGAUGGAAUGCUUAACAUGACAAUAUUUCGCCAGGUGAGGAUGGUCUAUAAGGAAAAAAAUAACUUUUUCUUUGACAAAGUACGGUUGAAUUAGGUAUUUAUCAGUAGUAUAAUUGCUUCAACAUUCGAGCAGGGAAAAGAAAUAGACCUUAUGGUUGGAACAGAUGUAAGAGACGGUAAUGGUCACUGAAAAAAUAGCGCGCUAUAACGUCGUUAAUAGCACGCUAUAGCGUAUUGAGAAUUGUCUCGCUAAAUAUAUCGGUGUACAACGUCUCGCUAAUAGCAUGCUAUAGCGCGAUAUAGCACGUUAAUAGCAUAUUUUGAGGUCGCCGCUAUGUUGCUGUAGCGCGCUAUUUUUUCAUUGGUAAUGGUACAACACGUAUGGUGAACUGGUGUGGAUGCAUAGUUCAGAAUCCUCAUUCGGCUGUACGUGCACUUGGCUUCUUGCCAAAGGAAGGCCAUGGAGUUUAUGUUUCUAGGUGUGUA